UUUUUUCUUCCUACCAGAGACGGAAAUGUCUUGUCUAGAAACGAGCUUUGAAAAGAUAUCGGUCGGAAUAUCGAGUUGUGCCUUGGUUUUCGCUGCGAUUUGCCUCAUCUAUGUUGUACAUCAUGAUUAUGAGAUCAAUCCUGAUGAAGAGGAAAAUGUUAGAAGCUGUUCUCUGGUGGGCCCGUCUUUGGCCAGCGCUGUUGUAGAAUGUUUGGAGGGGAAAACAGGAGUUUGUUGUGAGGAAUACUGUAAAGGUCUCUCUCAAGUACUCAACCGGACUCUUUCAGUGAUGGAGCUUAGAGGUUCCCCUGUGGUACCGCUGGAGUACACAAGCCCAUCAGCUCACAUAGCCUACAAUGUAGGAGACAAUGCCAAAGAGCCAGACUUCUCUAACGAGGAUUAUAUCCACCACUAUAUCAAUACAUCCACAAAUCCGUGUGAGUCUAAUCCAUACGGGGUGGAGCUUCAACAGGGGGGAUUAAGGAUAAAUUACACAGGCACAUAUUAUGUGUACAGUUCUAUCACAUUUCAUCCUAGAAGCAGUAAAACUCCAUCUGAGUUUCAGUUUCAGACCUGGCUCCACUACGUUCUACGGCACCGUCACAAUAGCCCGGCAAAUUCUGGCAUCAUCAUGAGAACUGUUCACACACUGUGUCCCACCUGCAAAGGUAACAUGGAGACCGCUUUUAUAGGCGGUGUCUUCAACCUUAGUGCCAAUGACGAGAUCCAGGUAGCCAUGUCUGGUUCUCACCUGUUCGACUGGCACCGACACUCAACCUACCUGGGUCUGUUUUUUCUGGCAUGAACUUGACGCUUGCCACCGCGGCAAAAAAUAAACCAAAU